AUGAAGCUGCUAGGGCUGCUUGCUGCGGGGCUGCCAGUCGGAGCACUGGCCAGUAGUGCCUCACUUGGUCUCAAGGACUCCUUGCUGGCUGAUAGCCGAGAACGCACUGUCUCGUUCGCGUCACUUCCCUACGAUCUCCCAAGCAGCACUCUCAUCUCCGAGGGGAUUGCUACUACAGCUUUGAAAAACGUCAACGCGAACGAGUACGGUCACAUCGGGUGCACGGAAACGAGCAAGUUCGAGGACAAUGGCGAAGUUGCAGUGACGUUGUGGGGGCAAUGGGUGAACCAAGUUAAGGCCACGAUCGCUAACGUCGCCUACGUGGACGACCUCAAGAUCACGUUUCAGUCGACGAUGGUGCCCGGUGCGUGUGAAGAGCGCAGUGAAAAGACCAAACAAGGUCUCGAAGACCCACACAUGGUAAACCAGGGGGGCGCGCCAGCCGCGUUGCUUGCCGACGAUGUCCUUCCAAGUGACCUGGAGCGACUAGAAGCGUUCCCUGUACUCGGUAACAUUGUCAACUUGGCCAACGACGACGUGAAACUUUCCGUCAAGCCGAUCGCUGUUAUCUCUUUCGUGACUGGCGAGAAAUCUUACGCGGAGGUGGAGAAGUUUGAGGCGAAUGCUCACGUGUCCAAGACGUUUAACUUCCAUAUCUGCAAGAGCGGCACCAGCUGUGGAGGCACUUUUAGCAACUUCAUCGACCUGCCAGAAGUGGUGGAUCUGUUCAUGUACAACCCGUUCACAGUCACGCGGUCUUUGCAGUGCGCAGACUUGGAUGACGGCGUUCCAGUCACGUAUCUGGACGACUUUGGCGCCCGUCAAUGCUUCUGCAAUUGUCCUGCCGGCUACGAGAUCGGAGAGAACGAGUAUGGCCAUGCUGCUUGCAAGAAAGUAGUGGAAGACACUUGUCCUUGUGUCUGGGCCGAGUGCAAUGGCUUCAAGCAUAAAGUUACCACCAAUGAGCCCGUGUGUUCUUUUAAAGAGGUGGCGUCCAAGUGGGGACUACCAGUUCCGUUCCCGACCGAUGGGUACGUCGCUGAUAAGCGUGAUAUUCUGUCGGAGGGGUACAAGGACCCACGUAUUACCCUGACGGUAGAGCGUGAGCAAGAUGCGGAAUACAAGGGACGUGACAUCCGUGGUGCUGUUGGAGUGGGGGCUUCGUAUCCAUUGACCUUCCAUGAUGUGGUUGGGCUCUACCCAAAAGCCUCAAGCUUCACUCCAGUGAUGGGCGCUGCGCACGACACUACAACUCACCACAAAGUGGUCACCUGGAAAGGACUACCAGACAAGGCUAAUGGUCUCGUCAACCAGUACUUCGACUUCGCAACCAAGGCCAAGAACGACGCGUGUAGUGUGGACAACCGCUGCGAUAAGGAGUCUUUCAGUCGCCGAGAUUUCUUCGAGAAGGACUACACAGACCACGACUGUAGUCAAGCUCAUCAGUGCUUUAACAAGGAUAAAGUGUUGCAAGAUCUACUCGCGUCCCAAAGGACCAAGACGAACCCUCUCUUGACACAAGGCAAUGGCUGCGAUAACACUGAUGCACCUGUUCCUAUCGGCCAGUGUACGAGAUGCUGCAAGAUGGACACGUCGUUGAAGGAAUGGUGGACGGACUACCGUUGUGGCGCGGACUACGACGUACGCUCGUGCGAGGGUGACAGUGAUCAAACCUGCCAGUUUAGUCAGUGUUUGGUUAUGAAUGGAUACACAAUGGCGACGGUGACCGCGUCGAUAACCGCUGAUGCCAAGGCUGAGACAGAGUCUGUGCUCGCUCAAGUGGAGGACGAAGCCUACCAAACGGUAACUCAAGUCCAUCGCUCAUUGGACUGCACGUCGUUCGGUGGCACCGACGGAGAGUGUGAGUUCAGAGCCAAAUUGUCGGAGCUUAUCGACACGACGCAGACGCUUAUGGUACCAUCCACCGGUCAGGCUACAGAUUACGUGUUCUGGCGCUACAAGCUCGUCUCGGACGGUGAGUCCUGGCAACUGUGGAAGACAGGCAAGCAGGAGAGCUACGGAGAAGUGACGUACGAUAACGACGAUGUUUUGACGCUCUCGAACCCAGAGACGAAGAUCACAAUCGAAGCCUGGACGCAAUGUGGUCUGGUCCGUCGCUUCUUCUUCUACGUUCAUCUACACGUCAACAGCCCCGUGAGUGUGUGUGAGAAAUUCAACAACAUGUGGUACCAGACAUCCGUGUCGAGACUACCGAUCGGCGCGGGCAUGUGUGCAUAUCCAGGUAGCGACUUUGCCGAGCUGACGUUCGACUUCCACCCGAACGCAGGUUUGCAGUACUCUCGCGAGGAGUUGAGAAUGAAGGUGGCGAAGGUUGAGUGCACGGGUGCUUUGGAAGGACGUUUACCAAUUGAUAUCUUAAGUGUGACCCAGGAAUCCCCUGAAAUUGUCACCCGGUUCGCUGUUACAAUGCUGAACAAGGCCACAACCGAAGCCGCCACGGAUUUCCACGUUGAAUGUGUAUUUACCUACACCAAGUACAGUGGAGCCACUGCCACCGAGACGUGCAAGCGGGAUUUCUCGAUAUCAGACUGCAAGGGCCCGACUUUUGACACGCCAAACUCCGUGUGUGAGUACGAAGCAUGCGCUGGAAAUGACUUGGCUGGACUGUACGAAGCCUGUGGUGGUACCGUCGUGAAGGCCGAUGAUAAAUGCACAAUCGUGGAGUCCGGAGAGAAGUCGUGUUGCCAGGGCUGUGACUCGACGGAAGUGACGUGCACGGCGUUACUGGAUCUACCGAAUGCCAAUGCGGACCUCAUGCGAUGCGAGCCGAGCGCGGGUGGUGGCGCCUACUCGAGUCCUAGUACGAGCUAUGGAGCUGUGCUGCUAACAGAGACUGCUCAGGAACACCCUGCAGCUACGGCAUUGUUCGGAGCGACGGCGUUGAUUGCAGUGGUGGCGCUGGUUGUCGUUCGCCGCCGGGCAGUUGCUGUCUAUUCUGCGCAGACGGUUGACGAUGCCUAUUACCCGUUACUCCACUAGCAUUGACUGGGUCUGGUUUUGCACUUCGCUCUUGGGAUCACUCCUGCGCUAUCGUGGGUCGUGUAGUAC